AUGGGCAAGGCCUUCAUCGGCUCGUGUGGGUACAAGAACCUCUACAGCCAGGGGUACGACACGAACACCGCCGCGCUGAGCACGGCCCUGUUCAACAGUAGCCUCAACUGUGGCUCCUGCCACGAGAUCCGGUGCGCCGACGAGAAGCGGUGGUGCCUCCCCAGUUCAAUCACCGUGACCGCCACCAACUUCUGCCCGCUGAACAACGCCCUCCCCAACAAUGCCGGCGGCUGGUGCAACCCUCUCCUCCACCACUUUGACCUCUGUCAGCCCGACUUCCAGCACAUCGCUCAGUACAAAGCUGGAAUCAUCCCCGUUUCUUGCCGGAGGGUGGCCUGCAACAGGAAGGGCGGGAUAAGGUUCACCAACACCGUGCCUUCACCUCCAGUUUCGACCUCCGGCAACAACAGCAAAAGUCGUCGCCGCUCUCCCUCUCUCUCUCACCUCUCCUAA